UUAUUGCAGUUACAAUGACCGUGCAAAAUAAAACAUGCGAUAUUGAAUCGAAUUACACGUGCUGGAACGAAAAUGGGCAAGAAUUCAAUAAGAUGUGGGCUAAAUUGAUGAUACCAGUGGAAGUAAUGAUGUGUCUAUUUGUUAUAGUUGGAACCAUCGGGAACAUUCUAGUGCUACUGGUAUAUUCAUACAGGCAACAAAAGACGACAGCAAAUAUUUUCAUCAUGUUUCUAGCUUGCAUGGACCUGUUUGCAUGUGUUGUGCUACACCCAUACAUAAUAUACAAACUCUUUCAUGGGUAUGACCAAACGUGGACAGAGAUUUGCAAACUGUUUGAAUAUAUAAACCACGUUAUACUAGGAUUGUCCGGUUUAACACUGUGCCUGGUUGCAAUAGACCGAUAUCUUGCAAUAUGUCACCCAGUUAAGUACCUUCUGUUUCACAAACAUGUCGCAAAGGGGAUCACCACGAUCACUGUUAUAUCUAUAAUUGGCAGUCUGCCAAUUCUAGAAUUAUACGGCGCCACUCCAACUGUAAUACGUCUGUUCAACAGUACAUUUGUUUGCUACAAAUGUCACUAUAAACUAGAGUACCAGAAUUCUGCAGUUUUGACGGCAUUUGGAGCGUUCGUCAUGGGUCUUUUUAUGAUAGAAAUAGUUAUAAUGGUGAUUCUGUACAAACACGUGGCAGUUACAGCGUAUCGUGCGAGACGCAUGGUCAGACCAUUAUCCAACGCACAUAUUUUGGCGGGAAUUAAUCCUUCAACAUCAAACUCGGGAGGAAGACAAGGAUUGCCAAAAGGCGAACAAAGUACAGACAUUACUAAUACGUCGCAUGGUCAAAAUACCCGUUCUUUAGAUGAUAUUGCCACAAGUGAAUCGAGACUUGCUAAAGCCACAGUAAUAUUUUCAGUUAAUACAAGCAUUCGUAACAUCGAAAGGAGGCACUCGUCACGUGAUGAUCUGACAAUGGACUACCACAGAAAUUUUACAGAAAACAGAAACUUUUCCUCUAGACUUAAGGCUGCAAAAAUGUUAUUUUCUGUUACAGCUGUGUUCUUUUUGUCGUGGAUGCCGUUUUUUAUUAUCCGUAUUUCUGCGUCAAUAAAUCCGUAUUUCUGGAAUGACCAAUCGAAUACAAAAUUAGUUAUUGAUCAUAUGUUAAACCACAUAUUCUACUUAAAUAAUGCAGUCAAUCCAAUCAUAUAUACAAUUAUCAAUAAAAACUUCAGAUUUGAUUGUAAAAGGCUUUUCAGAAAACAUUGUGGGACUGGAAGGCGUUGACAUAAAUACAUCACCUAUUUCGUCAAAAGAUAUAACAUUGUUAAUUCGCAGGACAUCCGGUUAUUAGUUUUGUUACUCUAUAUACUUUGGGUAAAUAUUUGUUGUUUUUUUUCUAUCUCAAAAAAGGAGAGGUGCCCCGAGAGUAACGAAAAGAAAUAGUAAAAAAAGUAAAAACUGCAGAGUCGUUUGAUUGUGUCUUUUAAUAGGCCAAUGUUCAUCUGUCAGGCUCCUUUCGUCUGCUGGAGCAGUAUACAAUCUUUAACACAAUUUAUCUUUAUAUCGUAUACCAGUGCAGUUUUGCGACCCUGAAAAGAAGAAAAGAUUUAUACAGGCGUGGGCAUAUUUUGGCGAGACGUCAUAUGCGAUAUAAAUGUACAAACAAAACGCGUUAUGUCACAAUUUCUUUCAUGGUGAAUAUACUGCA